AUGGAAGAUUUGGUACAUUACCAACUAUCGAUUAUGUUGAAGAAUCAGAUUGAAAAGAGUUUGACCGUUGACGACUCUUAUCUCGAAACCUGGUUUAAAGCCUUGGAUUCCAAGGCUGGCUACAAAGAGUUGUUGUCCAUACUGCGAGAAGCUAACAUUCAUGACACAGAUAUUGUACGGUUUUGUACCCGUUUAGCUGCUCACGAUGGUGACUCAUCAUCUCUUCCGAGAAUGGUGCGGUUUGAGGUUCUGACUCAAUGGGCUGAAAAGGGUGCCGCCGAAGUACUCGCUAAUUUCAAAUUGAAAGAGUUCUCCUUCGAUGAUCCUUUGGUGAAAGUUUGGGUUUCUGACAUGCAAUUUCGGCAAAGAAAAGACGCUACUGGUUUGAUAGCCAGUUCAAUAUUCAAAAUUUACAAAGAUCAAGUCCCGGGAAUAAUCAAAGCCGAAAGAGGAAAAGAUUUCUCUUUCAAUUUGAGUAUUUGUAAAGAGCUGGAAACGUUGUGGUCAGCUGACAACAAAAGUAAGAUUUCUUCUUAG